GCCCAGGGUCCCCAGCAGUGGAGAUAUGGUGGUGGAUGGCUGAUUCCCAAGGGCUGUCCCAGCCCUGACAGCGUCUGCGUGCGAGGUUCCUUCUCUGACGAGGGCCACUGUUCUGACAUCACUGUCAACUUCCUGUCGGGGCCUCCUCUCAGUCUUGCAGCUCUUAGAUUCUGAGAGACAAACCCGGAGAAACAGGCUCCCCGGGGACCCGGCACCUCCAAGCCCAGACAUGCUUCUGCUGCUGUUGGCCCUGCUCUGGGGGACGGAGGGGGCCGAGGGCCAGAGGGGGGCCGAGAGGGGGCCACAGGGGCAUUACUGGCUGCAAGUGCAGGACGCAAAGGGGCAGGAGGGCCUGUGUGUGCGAGUGUCCUGCAGAUGCUUCUAUCCCCGGGAAGGCUGGUCUGAGUCUACCCCAGCUCUCGGCUACUGGUUCCGGAAAGGGGCCGGUGUACAACAGGAUGUUCUAGUGGCCACAAACAACCCAGAUGGAAAAGUGCGGCAGGAGUCCCAGGGCCGAUUCCACCUCCUUGGAAACCCCCGGGACUACAAUUGCUUCCUGGACAUCAGAGAUGCACGGAGAAGUGACUUGGGGACAUAUGUCUUUAGGGUGGAGAGAGGGCCUUAUUUGAGAUAUAGUUACACACGGGACCAGCUCUCCGUGCGUGUUGGGGCCCUGACCCACACACCUGACAUCCUCAUCCCUAAGACCCUGGAGUCUGGACACCCCAGUAACCUGACCCGCUCUGUGCCCUGAGCCUGUGAGCGGGGCACCCCCCCCAUCUUCUCUGGGACGUCAGCCUCCCUCACCUGCCUGGACCCCAGGACUCACCUCUCCUCAGUGCUCACUCUCACCCCACGGCUCCAAGACCACGGCACCGACCUCACCUGUCAGGUGACCUUGCCUGGGACCGGAGUGACCACAAUGAGGACCAUUCACCUCAACGUGUCCUAUUCUCCGUGGAACUUGACCGUCACUGUCUUCCAAGAAACGGCACAGGCACCCACAGCCCUGGAGAAUGGCUCAUCUCUUUCAGUCCUGGAGAGCCAGUCCUUGCGCCUGGUCUGUGUCGUCAACAGCAACCCCCCUGCCAGGCUAAGCUGGGCCCAGGGGCACCUGACCCUGUGCAGCCCGAACCCGGGGGUGCUGGAGCUGCCUCUACAGGAGAGAGAUGAAGGGGAAUAUACGUGCCGAGCUCAGAAUGCAGUGGGCUCCCAGCACGUCUCCCUGAGCCUCUUGCUGCAGAGAAAAACAUGGCCUUUAUCAGAAAGGCUGCUGGGGGCAGUCGGUGGAGCAGGUGCAACGGCUCUGAUCUUCCUGGUUCUCUGCAUCAUCAUUAUCCUAGUGAGAUCCCACAGGAAGAAAGUGACAAAGCCUUCAGUGGGCACCAAGAAUACAGGCAUGGAGAGUGCAAACGUUGUCACGAGGCCAGUGUCUCAGGGUCUCCUGAUUGAAGCCUGGGCAGGCAGCCUUCCCCCAGAUGCCGCCACCCCCUUACGGGAGGAAGAAGAGCUCCAUUACGCAACACUCAACUUUCACCAGACAGAGACUUGCCGCCCACAGGAACAGGUGGCCCCUAGUAUUGAGUACUCGGAGAUCAGGAUUCACAAAUGAGAGACUGCUGAGACCCCGCCCUGGCUUGAGAGAUCUUGGCCCCUGAAGGGCAAAGAAAAAGUCAGGGGCCAAUUCCUGUAGACUUAGAAGCCCUCCAGAUGAUGAGCUGUGAGUACGAGAGAAAGAACACAAGCUUUGUAAACAGAGUAUUUCAAGUGCAAAGUCAUAUGCUGUGCCUUACCAAGUAAGCGACAGACCAAUCCCUGCCUUUCUGUGCCUCAGUUUCCUACUCUGUGAAAUAGGGAUGAGAAGCCUACCUGUAAGCUCAUGGUGAGAAAUUUAUAUAGAAAUGCAAGGGACCUAGAAUAGCAAAACAAUCUAGUGAAGGAAGAACACGGUUGGAGAAAUCAGACUUUACUAUAAAGCUAGAGUAAUCAAGACACUGUGGUGUAGAACGGAAUCAAGUCCGUAAACAGAGUGUGUGUAUAUGGUCAGUUGAACAGCACCAAGUCAGUUCAGUUGGGAGAGGAGGGACUUUUCAACAAGUAGUGGGAGAACAAGUAGGUCAAGGUUUAGAAACAAUGAAACUUGACCCCUUUUUCACAUCACAUGCAAAAAAUUAGUCUGAAAUGAAUCGUAAACCUAAAAGUAAAAGUGAAAACUAUAAAUAUUUUAUUAUUGUGCUGCCCAAUAUGGUAACCACUAGCCACACAUGGCUCUGGAGAGGUGCUACACUUAGUAUGCAAAAAAAAAAAAAAAGAUAAAAGAUCCCAUUAACAAUUUUUCAUAUUGAUUACCUGUUGGAAUGAUAAUUCUUUGGAUAUAUUGGUUCCUUUAGACUAUUAUUAAAAGUAAUUUCAUUUGUAUUUCUCUGA